GAUCAAAUCGAACUGAAAAAUAGAGGACCAACUAGGGAGAUUCAUAUCAGUAUUGCAUUAAACUAUUGUCUUUCAAGUGGUUCACUUUUUGUAUAUAAAGCUGAUCCACUGAUGCACCUCACUGUAUACUACAAAUCGUAAACAUGAAGACUACUUUGGUUUUGGCUGUUUUGGCUUGCGUCGCUCUUACCGCUUACGGUAAAAACGUCCAAGUUAAUGACUUUUUGUGCGACACCUGCGUAACUUUUGCAUCAACAGUCAAGAAAUUCGUAGACGAGGAACUCCCAAUUGAAGAAGUAGAAAAAGCCGCAAAAGAACUUUGUGACCUCCUACCGGGGGAUUUGAAAGAUUUCUGCGAAAAAGAUUUGCUUCCAGAAGUCGAGAAUAUCUACAAUGAUGUAUCCAAAAUAACACCCCAAGAAGCAUGCCAAGAUUUGGGAUUCUGUGACGCUUAAAAAAUUAAAAGAAUUGUUGUAAUAUGCAUAACUAUAGAAUAAGAAAAAUUUUGAAGUA